AUGGAAGGCACAUCACCUUUCUUCCUCGGCCUCGAUGCGAGCACUCAGGCGCUCAAGGCCUCCCUGCUCGACGUGGACCUCAACGUGCUCUCUGAGCUUGAAAUCCGUUUCGACCGUGACCUUCCUCAGUACAAGACUACCGGCGGUAUAUCCGCACCCGCCGCCGACGAUGACCAAGGCACUGUGGUUGCUCCAGUUAUGCUAUACGUCGAGUCGAUCGACAUGCUUGCUGAGCGCAUGCGAUCUGCCUCUUGGCCACUUUCUCGCAUCCGUGCUAUUUCCGCCGCAGGUCAGCAGCAUGCUUCCGUCUACUUUUCUCGUGCUGCACCGCGUAUCUUUACCACCCUCUCCGCUGAAAAGACGCUCACCGAGCAGGUCGAGCAGGCUUUUAGCAGAAAAGUUGUUCCAAACUGGCAGGACUCUUCCACCGUGGAUGCGUGCAAGGCAUUUGAAAAGGCAGUCGGUGGAGCAGAAAAAUUGGCCCAAAUGACGGGAUCGAAAGCGCAUACGAGGUUCACAGGUCCUCAAAUCUACAAGUUCAGAACGCAGCAGCCGCAGGCGUACAAGGACACCGAACGAAUCGGUCUCGUAUCGAGCUUCAUCACCACCCUGCUGUGUGUCGGGCAAGGAGAGGAUGAAAGCUCAGUGAUCAAGGGCAUCGACGAAGCAGACGCUUGUGGAAUGAACUUGCUCGACAUGCGGCCCGCUUCUUCGAUUACAGCCACAAAAGGCAGGAUCGAGCCAGGAUGGAACCAGACACUGCUGGCCCUUGCGUCGGGCGAGAGCGAAGGCUCAGACGCUUCCCUAGGAGGAGCUGUCGAACUAGAGAGGAAGCUCGGUAGCAUCUACCGUGAUGCAGGUACGCCCGUAGCAAAAAUCGGUAGCUGGUGGACGAAAAAGUACGGGUUCAGCCCCGACUGCCAUGUCUUCCCCGGAACCGGCGACAACCCCGCUACCUUUCUCGCUUUCAGCUUGGCCGAACGGGAGGCGAUCAUCAGCUUGGGCACUUCGGACACGGUCAUGGUAGCAACGCAUCAAUUCGUGCCCGAUCCAGACUUUCACGCCUUCUUCCACCCGGCCAGACUGCCGUCGAGUGGAGACGCCUUCUUUAACAUGCUCGUCUACAAGUCCGGAAGCUUGGCCCGCGAGUGGAUUCGCGAUCAGUACUGCAAUAGCGACUGGGCUGCAUUCAACGCCGAUGUGGAAAAGUUCAAGCUGCAGCAAGAUGGAGAACAGAGAGCUGGAUUUUAUUGGCUAAGGCCCGAGAUCAUUCCUCCUGGUGCAUCCGGUAUUUAUCGCUACAUCAAACCGUCGACGUGCGGUGAAUGGCAAAAGGUAGACGAUUUCAGCGACAAGGGAAUGAAUGCAAGCGGCAUUCUCGAGACGCAGAUGCUCAACUACCGAUACCGUUCUUCAUCGAUCGUUGCUGGCCCUACGACAUCCUCAGGUUCGGCUGUGGAUACCUCGGUGCUACCCUUGCAAGCGAUCUACGCUGUGGGAGGUGCCUCAUCCAACCCGACGAUCACGCAAACAAUGGCUGACGUCUUUGGCUGUGACAUUGUCAAGCCGGUCCAGCCCGCUCAGGACGGCAAGGAAUGGACUCCGGCCAACUACAACUUUUGCUCGGUGGGGGCAGCGUACAAAGCAGCAUGGGGAUGGAGCAGGCUACAGUUGAAAGCGGGCGAAAAGGUGCCCGAAUUUGACGAGUUUGUGCACACGACCAAGUCUAGCCAGGCGAAGCGUGCCGGGUCAGUGCGAGAGGGAACGGGUGAGGUGAAAGGCAGUGUACAAGUAAUUUGCCGACCAACCGAAGGUAGAACGCAGGUAUAUACCAAUGUCAUUGGCGCGUGGAAGCAGCUCGAGGAACGGGCUCAAAAGGAACAAUAG